UUCAAGUACUUCAAGUUACUAGACGAAGUGAAGUGCUUCACUACUUUUAGCUGUUUCUCAAGCCUCUGGAUGUAACAUAUAAAUACAAAGUUUCAAAAAGUAAAAAUAAUUUCAUGAAAUAUUGUCGUGAAAAAUCGUUUUAGUAUCUUUCAUGAAAUUUCGCAACUCUGUCAGUGUGUGAUUGUGGAUUGUGACCAUGGGGUGAUUACGUCUUUAAUUUGGGUGAUUAUUGGCACACGGAUGCUUAUUUUUUAGAGCAUUCUCGGUACAUAGUCAUAUCUAAUCUUAUCCUCCCCUAAUGGAAUCUUUCUGAUUCUUGAAAAAACUACACGUCCCCAUACGUUGCCGCCUUCCAUGACAAUAAGUAGUGCUAAUGUUUAUAACCAAAAACCAAAGGAUCUUGAGGUUGUCUUGAAAUGAGUCGCAAGAGGAACUUCUUGAAGAGUAGCCUCGAGGAUGCAUCAUUCAAUAUUAUUCUUCAGAUUCUCUUCCGUGCGGUGACAUUCUUCCUGAAUGCAUUCGUGCUACGUCAUGUUAGCCAGGAUGUUAUUGGUGUCAUGAAUGUCAGACUUCUUCUGCUGGAAUCAACUUUACUCUUCCUCAGUCGUGAAGCUUUCCGUCGAGCAUGCUUGACCAAAACUCUGGAUCAUCAUUGGCCGCAAGUCAUCAAUCUACUCUGGUUAACGGUUCCAAUAUGCAGUGUCCUGAGUGUGGUCUUCGGUUACAUCUGGUUGCACUAUCUAACACCUCCGGAUCCAUCGAUCACGGAGCAUUAUUACAUCGGAGUGUGGGCAAUGGCCUUAAGCUGCAUUCUGGAAAUGACUGUAGAACCUCUUUACCUCGUUUCUCAAGCAUUUCUGUUUGUCCGUUUACGAGUUGUUCUAGAAUCACUGAUUGUUGGUGUUAGAACGGUCACUUUUACUUGCAUAGUUUUAAGAUCGCCCAAGGGUGCAAUCAUAGCGUUCUCAGCAGCUCAGAUGCUGUCGAUCACCUCUUAUGUUGUCUGCUUUUAUUCAUAUUUUAACUACUACACAAAACAAAGGAGAAAGACAUUAGCAUCAAUAGAUGACGUGUCUAAACUAGCAAGGAGGCAAAGUAUCGAGGAUGAGUUCCCUUUCACAAGUAUCAAAGAUUUUCUCCCAUCUUUCGAAGGAUUUGGAACGGAGCCUUUAGUUGAUUGGAAGCUGGCCCGACUGACAAUGAGUUUCAUGAAGCAAGGCAUCUUGAAGCAAAUUUUAACUGAAGGAGAGCGUUACGUAAUGACUCUCUGCUCUAUACUGUCAUUCAACGAACAAGGAGUUUUUGAUGUCGUCAAUAACCUAGGCUCUCUGGCGGCAAGGUUUUUGUUCAGGCCAAUAGAAAACUCAGCUUACUUUUACUUUUCUCAACUGGUCAGCCGUGAUACUUCUAUCAAGGAUCAGAAUAAGCAAUCUAUGAUCGAAGCGGCUACUGUGCUUGAACAAAUACUUCAUUGUGUUAUGAGUCUUGGUGUCAUUGUCCUGUGUUUUGGCCAGGCGUACUCGCGACUCCUUUUGUUCCUUUAUGGUGGAUCUACUUUUGCGCAAGGAGUCGGCCCACUACUCCUCCGCUCUCAUUGUAUGGCCAUCCUUUUCCUGGCGAUCAAUGGAAUAACUGAGUGCUAUGCCUCAGCAACAAUGAGCCCUACAGAAAUAGACAAAUUCAAUCAUAAAAUGAUCUACUUAUCCAUUAUGUUCCUCUUUUUCUCCUGGUUAUUCACAAAACUUCUCGGUAGUGUGGGUUUUAUUUUAGCGAACUGUUGCAAUAUGAUGUUCCGUAUACUUCAUAGUACAAAUUUUAUUAAAAAGCGGUAUAAAGAAACUUCUUUCAGGCCCCUAAAAGGGUUAGUGCCAGGAAAAUUAUUCUUUAUAUCGUCCAUAUCUUCAUGUGUGCUGACGUUGAUUUCGGAGCAUUUCUUCUAUGAUGAUUCUAAGUUAAUCCAUCUCAUGAUUGGUGGAGUGUGUUUUCUGUGCACGCUGGGCGCGUGGGUGUAUGAGGAGAAAGACUUAGUACAAUUAGCUUUUCACAAGUAUCAAAAGCUGAGAAAAAAAACCGAAUAACAAAGACACUACUUCUAAGUCAGAAGCGAGUUUUUCAAUGUUCCAGUGAUUUUGGAGCAAGUGUUCUCGCUGGAAAAGCUGUUGUAACAUCAUAAGCUUUGAAUUCAAGUAAGACUCCUAAAUUUUUGUUAAAGGAUCCCUUUCUUGAGUGCGUAUUCAGUCACUUUUUGGUCCAAAACUAUGUUGUCCUGUAAAAAUUAUUGCAAAUCUGAAGUCGGCUUGUAAUGUGAGCUUUCCAGUUAUUAGGAGUGCCACACAAAGCUGAAGGGAAAAGUCAUGUUUGAAUUGCUCGCCCCACCGGUCCAAUAGUUGUAUGCAACCUUGUCUGUCCUUCAUAUGCCCUUGGCCCCUCGCCUAGCUCAAUUAUCUUUUGUCAUCCUGCGAGCUUGACAGCAUAAUUUUUCUGGUGUGUGUUUUUAGCUCAAUUAAUCUCGCUAUGUAAUCGUCCAUUCCUGUCUGUCUUUUUCUUGAGGUUGACAAGAGUUGAGACCAUUUACAAAUUUGACUAAAAACCUGUCUUUGAGGUUGUUCCCGAAGUUUCCUUUAUCUGCACGAAGCGUAAGAGAGGUUAAAUACACUGCUGCAAUAUCGCCAUCUGCUUGUACCCUUGAUUCCAAAUUUAGAAUACUGGAGUAAAGGAUCUUAUUUGAUUAUAUGUUUCUUUGAGGAGUGUGACUCAUUCGUCAAAGGAUUUGUUUGCUAGUUUCUCAGGCAACAGUUGAGUUCUUACGGCGGAAUACAUAUCUACAGAUAGGUAGUUAAGGAAGGCCUUGCGUUUGUUCAAGGCCUUGCGUUUGUUCAAUGACUCUGUGAUUCCAUUAAGGUCACAGAAGUUUUCCAUCAUUUCUAGCCGUACUGAGAGGGAGACUUUUGUUUCAAAAGGCGUCAAAGUUCCAACAUAAGUUGCAGUGACGGCAUUGGCCGGGUCUUGAUUUUGAUUGAUCUCAUUCAUUUUUACGCGUUCAACUUUGUUGGGUUGCAUGACUGACUUGACACAGUUGACCGUAAAAAUAGUAAAGGUGACUGGCGCGGUUGGUAGACAAAAAAAAAACCGAUUUUUUCUAAACCCUUGUUACCAAUGAUAUAUUUGGUGGACUCUAGGAAAAGACGAACACAGAUUGGCGAUCUAAUAGCGAAAAUUGAGCUAAAAAUGCAUACCAGAAAAUUGGUGCUAUUGAGCAUGCAGAAUGACUAAAGACUGUUGAGCCAGGCAAGGGGUCACGGGCAAAGUACAGACAAGGUUGCAUACAAGGGGUAGACGGAGGGGCGGGGGACUUCAAACAUAACAAAAAGACUGUGCGAUUUCGUAAUUUUGUUUUAUUUUUCCUUUUUAAUCCUAUUUAUUGGAUAUGCGAAAUAGAAGUACAUAAAACAGAACUGUGUGAAAUGUUUAUGUUUACCUUACUUUUUUAGUAGGGUGUAAAACUGAGGUUAUUGCAAAGACAGCCAGUCAACUUGACUUUAUUAUGGUCAAUUCAUGUAGGGGAUAAGGGAAGAUUUUUAUUCCUCUAAAUUAUCCCCCCCACCCUUUUUUUUUCAAUUUAGUACAUAAGAAUUUUCAUAUCAACGGCUGAACACAAAAAUGCGUAAUUCAAUUGCAACGGUACCAGAUCUCCAAUUUUGUUUUCUUUUUUGUGAGGAAAACUGAUUUAUAUGUUUUUUUGCAAUUAUGUGUGGUUCUUUUAGAAUGGGUGAAGAAAAUUCAGAUAGAAACUCUUGGUCAGUUUUCCUUUAAAAAUUAAAGUAUGAGCAGACACUUGCAACAUCGCAGUCUCAGAUAUGCAUUUUUUGCCCUCAGCCAUUGAUAUAUGCUACGACACACCAUGCAUUGCGAUCAUUACUCAUUGAUUUUAAAGUUUCAGUCUCAAAAACAAAUCUAUUAAGGUGAACAGCAGGUCCAAGCUUGUCCCGAGGGACACACCUUUUCUCAUAAAUAUUGAACGUUUCUGAUAUUAACCUUGUAUAGCUUUCAAAAUUGAAUUAGUUUCUCCAUAAGAAUUUCUGUCACAUAUUUACCAUAAUUCACUAUUUGAUCAAACUGAUCAGAACAGCUUCUAGUAUAUUUUACCCUCAUUUCUACAACCUAACCUUCCAUUCUCAGCAUAAGCAAGCCAGUUGAACCAUUUAAUUUUGCAUCAGGUAUGCUUUUUUGGACAUAUUUAUGCCAAGAAGAAUUAUUUACACAGUGUUUGCUAUUUAUAUAUGGUUCUUUAUAGGAUAAACAUGUUCAAUUGCACCCUGCCAAAAUUUUUAAGCACAUUUUGUCAGAGAGUGUACAAAACGUGAGGUAAAAGAAAACAAUCGUUUCGAGUGUGAAAUCGCCUCAUGUCAGGAUGUAGUCGGUUGUAUUUUAGUUGCCCCUCUGUCAACAACAAACUUGAUCUUAAGUAAAUUGGUCAAAAAUGCAGAACAAUCUUCAUCUUCACACGCAAUUUAGUAAUGAAUGCAAUUUCCAGGGUGUCUACAAGUCCAUAAUUUCUGGAAA